AUGUCGCUCUCAAACUGUGUAGUUUGUUCCAACCCCUUUGCAGAAUUGGAUACUCCAAUCAAAUGUGAUAGUUGUUCAGGUGCAUUUCAUACAAAAUGCACGGGACUUUCAAGCACCGAAAUCAAAUGUUUAUCGUUGAAAAAUAGAUCACUUAAAUAUUUUUGCUCGACUUGUGAACAAGGUUUAAAGGAACUACCUGAGUUAAAAUUACUGAUUAAGAAAUUACUUGUGGAAGUUGAGGGGCUCAAAAAUUGCCCUUUACAACGCCUAAAUAAUGAGGUAUGUAAUGAAUUUAUAAUCAAUGAAAUUAAUGAGCGUAAUAGACGUGCUGCAAACCUUAUCUGCUAUAAUGUUAUCGAAAGUGAUUCAAACCAGUCCGAUGUUCGUAUUGCUCACGACCGUGAACAUGUAAAUAAUUUUCUUGCUACUAUCGCAGAGUCAACAAAUUCGGUACCUGUACCGAUCAAGGUCAUUCGUAUCGGUCGUUAUCAAUCGAAUAAACCGAGACCUUUAAUAAUUACGUUCGGUUCUGUAUCAGAUGCAUUUAAUAUCAUGAAAAAUAAAACCAAACUCUUAUCCCGAUACCCGAUGAUUUCACUAAGCUCGGACCGUACCCAAUACCAAAGAGACCAUAUGAAAAAACUUCGUGAGGAAUUGGCUUCACGUAUAUCGAAAGGAGAAAUCGACUUAACUAUAAAAUUUAUAAGAGGAGUACCAACAAUUAUUCAAAAAUCUAUUAUUAAUAAUGUACAAAAUCCCAUAAAAAAUUUUUAA